UCCCUUCCCCCCACCCCCCGCCCUGUGCCGGCGGGGCCUGCUGCGCCCCAACCUCUGCUGGGGGGCCCUUACCUCCCCUGCAUCCCCCUUGCCGCCCGUCCGCCUGGAAGCCCGCUUUGAGGGAGAUUGGGGUGAGGGUUGUCCCGCGGAAUGAAGGCUGGCCUGGAGGUGAUAGCACAGACCACUGACCGCUGCCCCGCUGGCGGCCGGUCCCUCCUCUCACACCUGGAGAAUGGAAGCCGUGUCCCGGGGAAGGGUGAUGAGAGAGUCUGGUGCUUAGUGGGAAAUCGGGGACCCGUCCUUUGCCAUUGCCCCGCUUCAGUUUCUCCAUCUGUGAUUUGGGCUGAUGACUUCUAAUUCAUGAUAUAGACCAAGAAGGGCUUAACAUGUCGGUCCAAGGUGGUCGCCCUGUUGGACAGAUCUAGGGACUGAGCCGGUCACUCCACCCUCACCACUUGGGGUCAGGGCCUCACAGCCACCCACCACUCAGAUCCCAGGUGCACUCUCUUGGCACCUUUGCAUGCUCAUGCCCACACACAUUCUCCCAGGUCUCAGGCACCUGCCAGAUAGCAACACCAUGAGCUUCGUGGCGUAUGAGGAGCUGAUCAAAGAGGGUGACACGGCCAUCCUGUCACUGGGCCAUGGUGCAAUGGUGGCAGUGCGUGUGCAGCGGGGGGCACAGACGCAGACCCGGCAUGGAGUUCUGCGGCACUCAGUAGACCUCAUCGGCCGCCCCUUCGGCUCCAAGGUGACCUGCGGCAGAGGCGGCUGGGUGUACGUGCUCCACCCCACGCCUGAGCUCUGGACACUGACCUUGCCGCACCGCACCCAGAUCCUGUACUCCACCGACAUUGCCCUGCUCACUAUGAUGCUGGAGCUCCGGCCUGGCUCUGUGGUCUGUGAAUCUGGCACUGGCAGCGGCUCCGUGUCCCAUGCCAUCAUCCGCACCAUCGCGCCCACGGGCCACCUGCACACGGUGGAGUUCCACCAGCAGCGGGCAGAGAAGGCUCGGGAGGAGUUCCAGGAGCAUCGCGUGGGCCGCUGGGUGACAGUGCGCAACCAGGACGUGUGCCGCAGCGGCUUCGGCGUGAGCCACGUGGCUGACGCUGUUUUCCUGGACAUCCCGUCUCCUUGGGAGGCCGUGGGCCAUGCCUGGGACGCCCUCAAGGUGGAAGGUGGGCGCUUCUGUUCCUUCUCACCGUGCAUCGAGCAAGUGCAGCGCACCUGCCAGGCGCUGGCGGCCCGCGGCUUCUCAGAGCUGAGCACCCUGGAGGUGCUGCCGCAGGUGUUCACGGUCCGCACUGUCAGCCUGCCAGCACCCGACCUGGGGGCCGGCCCAGGCCCCGACGCUGGCCCCUUCCGCAGUGGCACGCCCAUGAAGGAGGCCGUGGGCCACACCGGCUACCUGACCUUUGCCACCAAGACCCCGGGCUAGCGGACCUCCCCGGAGCCAGGGUGGUGCGGCGCGGCUCAGCCAGAGGCCUGUGCUCACAGGGGGCGGGGCAGGGCCAGCCGUGGUGGGGGCGCAGGGGGCCGGGCCUCUGGGGAGGAAGGCCCCUGGCUGGGUCGCCGCCAGGCUCCGCUUCCCCGUGCUGCUGCUGCUCCUGUUUCCGAAGAAAAUCUCCACCAUCGCAAGGCCUUCUGGGUGUUAAGGCCAAGGGGCGACCCCUUCCCAGGCAGCCCCAAGCUGAGGGGGUAGUGGGGGAGCAGGGACCUGUUGCUCCUCCCGGUGUGCGGCCUGGCCCAGCCUGUUAGGCACUAUGCAGGCCAAGUAGCAGUGCCCUGUGUCCCUUCCUGUUGGAAGGGGUGGGCAAGGGCAGUCCUGCCCCCCUGCCUUGAUCCUCCCACAGCUGGGAAGGACCCCGUCCAGCCAGAGCCCCUGGUGGGUCAAGAAGUGAGGUCACAGCGUCACUUAGCUGGGAGCCUGUGGUGGACAGAGAAAUGCUUCUGGUGAUCCCGCCAGGCCCUCUCAGCUGUCUGAACCCCAGCUGUCCGGCCCUGGAGCUACUCGGGUGCCCGGCCCCCUGGGGAGAGCCCUGGGAUCCUGGGGGCGCAUCCAGGGCGGGCCUGCCACUGCUGGUGAAGGACCUGAGCCUCUGCCCUCGGCCUCCGCUGUCAUCAGGAACCUCAGUUUCCCCACUUUGGACCAGGGUGCUGUGCUGGCAGGGGGCAGGGUGCCGGCUCCUGACCCCACCUGGCGGAGAAAUAAACACCAUUGCCCCUGC